AUGUCGAACCGACUCGGGCCCGGCGACCUGGUGGUCAUCGCCGGCGGCGGCAUCUCCGGCCUCGCGCUCGCCGCCGCGCUGCAGUCCCGCCCCGCCGACCGCCGCCCCGAGGUGGUGGUACUCGAGAGGGACCCGAGCUUUGAGGCUCGCCGGCAGGGCUACGGCGUGACCCUCUCGGAGACCAACGCCGCGCUGGCCGGACUGGGGAUACUGCGGGACCUUCGCGAGCGGAACACGCGGUCGAGCGCGCACUGGACCUUCCGAUCCGACGGGCGCGUUUUGGGCUAUUACGGAGCCGCGUUUUUGCCCGAGGCGAUGCGAAAGCCGAGCCCGUGGACGAACCUGCGAGUUCCGCGAAACGAGGUUCGCGAGGUGUUGGCGUCGCGGCUCCUGCCCGGGACGGUGCGGUUCGGGCGUAGGGCGGUCGGUUACGUCGAGGUGGACGGGGACGGGAACGGCGGCGGGCGUGUCGACGUGGCGGUGGAGACGGUCGGCCGGUUCGGGUCGGAGAAACGGGUGGGCGGGGGCGCGGGGCGACCCGAGUGGACGGAGAACGCGGACGGGGACGGGGACGGGGACGGGGACGGGGUGGGCACGGGUGCCGAGUCGGGGGUGCCGACGACGGAAUCGCUGCGCGCGUCGCUGCUCGUCGCGUGCGACGGCGUUCGCAGCGCGGUGCAGCGCGAGCGCCUCCGCGGACGGACGGACCAAAACCUCAAUUACCUCGGCGUCGUCCUCGUCACCGGGUUCACCACCCUGUCGCAUCCGCUGCUGGACGGCCAAGGGUUCUACACCCUCGACGGCGAGCGCGCGAGGAUAUUCACCAUGCCGUUCAAGUCCGACGACGACGCGCGGGGACGCGGCGCGGGCUGGGAACGGUUUAGCCGCGAGUCGGACGAAACCGUUCCCAUGGACCAUCCCGCGGGCCAAUCAGACGAAAUCGGGAUGGACCGUCACCCGUCCGCCGCGGGGAAGGACGCCGCGAAAGAAGCCGCCGGUUCGCAUCGCGCCCGUUCGCGUCGCCCCCCGCCGCUCACGAUGUGGCAGAUCUCCGUGCGCGUCACCGAGGAGGAGGCGCGGCGAAUCGCGUCCGCGCCCCGCUCCGGACCCGGCGGCGCGAAAGAAUUCGUCCAAUCCGUCGUCUCCGGCUGGCACGACCCGGUUCCAGCGAUGUUCGCCCACGCCAUCUGGGAGGAAUCGUGGGCGGGACCGCUGUACGAUCGCGACCGCCCGCCGCCGCCGCCGACGGGAAAGGACGCGAGAUCCAGGGUUGUGGCCAUAGGAGACGCCGCGCACCCCAUGUCCCCGUUUAAGGGUAUGGGCGCCAACUCGGCUCUGUUCGACGCGUGGUCCCUCGCGUCGUGGCUCGAAAAGGCUCCAGUUCCCAGGGCCAUCGCCAACUUCGAGCGCGAGAUGAUCGCCAGGGCGUGGGCCAAGGUGGACGCCAGCAGGGAGGCGGUGGACCUCUUCCACGGCCCAGCCGCGGUGGCUGGGGAGACGCCCGAGUUUGCCGGCGUCGCGCCCGAGCUGGCGAAGACGUUUCUUAAAACGCUCGGCGAGAAGGGCGUCGGCGCCGGUUGCGGCGGGAGUUUGGAGGGACGCGUCCGAGAGGCCAUGGCCGAGCUCGGCGUUCCAUUGGACGAGAGCGCGUCGGCGAAACCCUACGCGUACCUCCGAUCGGAAGCCGGCGGCGGGAAGGGGAGCGAAACGGGCUCGGGCUCGGCGGCUGCGGCGCGUUCGUCGUCGUCGUCCGAAGCCGCGGACGCGGACGACUCGUUUGAGGCUCUGACGAACGUCGUGGACGGCGCGGUGAGGGCCGGGCUGGCGGCGGCGGGCGCCGAUCCCGUCCGCGACGGCUUCGAGUCUUUCGCCGCCAGACGGCUCGUCCCGGCUAAGAAAUACAGCGCGCGGGGGCGGCCGGCGCACGACUGGGUGAGCCGAGCCGCGCUGAAGAUCGUCCACGCGCGUCGCGGCGGGGGCGGGGCCGGGGAAGGCGAAGACCCGGGGGCGGCACGAAUCGCGGGGUCGAUCGAAUCGAGCGAGGCCGGGGCCGGUGACUCACCACCCGGCGAGUCACCACCCGGUGACUCGCAGCCCGUCUCGUCGGCGGCGCGAAAGGCGGCGCGCCGCGAACGGCUCGACGCCGCGAACCGCUGCGUCGCCGCCGAGAUCGCCCGCGUCGCCAGGAAGAUAUGCGACGAGCUGAGGAGGGCGCGCCACGUCAUCGCCGACGCGAGGGUGGACGACGACGGUCAAAUCGCGAUCACCACCGCGGCGCGGCACGCGGCUCUUCGAGCCAAGGGUCUCGUCGCGUGCGCGGGGUGCGGGCAGUAUUACGCCAUGCACGGCGGCGGGCUGAGGCAGCACUGGGCGAUGGGUGGGAUCAACGACGCGUGCGCCGCCGCGGCGGAGGGCGCGCGGUCGCCGUACAUGACGGACGAGGAGGCGCUCGUCGCGGCGGGUCGCGCGAAUGGAAUUAACUCUGGAAUUAACUCACCGGAGACGCACUUGGAGGGCGUCGCGGGUUCAGCGCAGACGCACCCGGGAACCAGCGCCGAGAACCACAGCUGGCGCGGGAGCGGUAAGGGCCGACCCGGCCCGUGGCGCGAGCGCAAGUCCGGCAAAGAGCCGCACGACGCGGGUUUGCGCGCGGCGGCGGCGGGUGACGUCGCGGCGAUGGAAAAACUUCAGAGCGAGGGCGCGUUUGACCCGACCUCCGCCGCCGACGCGUACGGAAGCGGCGCCCUGCACUGGGCCGCGGGCGGCGGACACCUGGCAGCCUGCGAUUGGCUCGUUAACGUGGCGAACGUCCCGGUCGACGGGAGCCGGCGCAAGGACGGCCGCACGGCGUUGCACUGGGCGGCGAGGAACGGCCACCUCGACGUUAUCAAAUGGCUCGUGGAAAAAGGCGGCGCGGAUCCCAACCGUAAGACGUACGACGGCGACGGCGCGUUCAGCCUCGCCGUCUGGCAGGGUCACCUGCCCGUCGCCAGGUACCUCGGCUCGCUCGACGCCGUGGACCCGGGCGCGACGAACCGGUGGGGUUGCAACGCGCUCCUGUGGGCGUGCAUCCAGCACGACCCGACGGGGGGCGGCGGGGGAGGCGUCGGGACUAUGAGAGGCUUUCGAACAGAGAAGGGGACGAGCGACGGGGGGUCUGUCGGGGACGAACCGUCACCGAAGGGAGACGAACCGUCACCGAAGGGAGACGAACCGCCACCGAAGAGCCCGAUGGCGACGGUUCGGUGGCUCGUGGAGGAACUCGGGGUGCCCGUCGACGUCGUCAACGUCAACGGCCACUCCGCGCUGCACAAGUGCGCCAUAUACGGCCACGGCGACGUCAUCGCGUGGCUGCUCUCGGAGACAAAGUGUAACCGCGCGGAGCACAUGGGCCCGGACGACAGGGGCUCGCCGCCGAGCGCGCUGGCGGCGGCGAACGGGUACGACACGCUCGCGGCGGAGCUCAGGCACGUGGAGGACAGGACGAUGCGCUUACCCGUGGUGUACCACGAACGGGUCGGCGACGGGGCGUGA